GACAAGCGGGAUUCGGUUCCAGCAGGUUAUGUAGCAGCUCCCUACUACCCGGCUCCGCCAGGAGGAUGGGUUUCAAGCUGGGCAGCAGCUUACGCAAAAGCUCAGAAAGUUGUCGCAAACAUGACUUUGGCUGAGAAGGUCAAUUUGACAACAGGAACAGGAGAACUGAUGGGGCCGUGCGUGGGUAACACCGGCUCUGCGCUUCGAUUUGGGAUCCCAAGUCUCUGCUUGCAAGAUUCCGCCCUGGGCAUUGGUGCCACGGACAACAUUACUGCUUUUCCAGCAGGAAUCACAGUUGGUGCUACUUGGAACAAAGCUUUGGCAUAUGCGAGAGGAGUUGCUUUGGGUGCAGAGGCUCGAGGAAAGGGUGUCAACAUCCAGCUUGGUCCUGUUGUUGGUCCAAUUGGCAGGAAGCCGAGGGGGGGAAGGAAUUGGGAAGGUUUCGGGGCGGACCCUGUGCUUCAAGCGUGGGGUGGUGCUGAGACGGUCAAGGGGAUUCAAGCUAAUGGUGUUAUUGCAACGAUAAAACAUUUCAUCGGCAAUGAGCAGGAAGCAUAUCGGAUGGAUAUCAUUCCUCAUGGUUUGAUGAAGGCGAUCAGCAGCAAUAUCGAUGAUCGGACCCUUCACGAACUUUACUCUUGGCCUUUUGCAGAAGCUAUUAGAGCUGGUGUUGGAGCAGUAAUGACGUCUUACAACGAUGUGAACGGAAGCGCUUCCUCUCAGAAUAGCAUGAUGAUCAAUGGAAUUCUCAAGGAUGAGUUUGGAUUUCAAGGGCUCGUGAUGACCGACUGGCUUUCUCAAAUUGGAGGUGUUAGCUCUGCUCUUGCUGGCUUAGAUAUGGCUAUGCCCGGCGAUGGUGCUAUCCCAUUUCUAGGCCUUGCGUACUGGGCUUACGAGCUCUCCACUAGCGUUCUAAAUGGCACGGUUCCCCUCAAUCGCUUGAAUGACAUGGUGACGAGGAUUGUAGCUACCUGGUAUCAGCUCGGACAAGAUCAAGACUAUCCACUUCCAAACUUCUCCGCCAACACUGCAGAUCCCACUGGUCUUUGCUACCCAGCAGCUUUAUUUUCACCAACCUGCGUCACAAAUCAAUACGUCAAUGUUCAAGCAGACCAUGCAAAAGUUGCAAGGAACGUCUCAAGAGAAGCUAUAACCUUAUUGAAAAAUGUCAACAACGCCUUACCACUCUCUACGAGUGCAUCUUUGAAGAUCUUUGGUUCAGAUGCAGAGAAUAACCCGGCAGGCCCGAAUGCUUGCAAUCAACGGAGCUGCAAUACAGGAAUCCUUGGCAUGGGAUGGGGAAGUGGCACCGCAAAUUAUCCCUACCUUGAUGCACCAAUUGAUGCCAUCAAACGCAAGGCAGCGAACGUGACCUAUUACUCAAGCGACUCGUUCCCUUCCGGCCUCACUGCAGCAGCUGGUGAUAUUGCUGUUGUUUUUGUAACAAGUGAUUCCGGGGAAAAUCAAUACACGGUCGAAGGAAACGAUGGUGAUCGCUCAUCGAGCGGGCUGUAUACCUGGCACAAUGGAGACGCGCUAGUUGAAGCCGCUGCGGCCAAAUACGCUACGGUCAUUGUUGUUGUCCACACCGUCGGCCCAAUUCUCGUCGAAAAUUGGAUUGAUCUCCCUUCUGUUAAAGCAGUGAUAUUCGCUCACCUACCAGGUCAAGAGGCCGGAGAUUCCUUGACGGACAUUCUCUUUGGAGAAUACUCUCCCAGCGGACAUCUUCCAUACUCUAUCCCAGUAGCAGAAUCAAAUUACCCAUCAUCCGUCAGUCUGUUAGGAUUCGAAUUCUUCCAAGUCCAGGAUACUUUCUCCGAGGGUCUCUACAUUGACUACCGCUACCUGAACAAGCAUUCAAUAGCCCCACGAUUCGCAUUCGGCCACGGGCUCUCAUACACAACAUUUUCCCGCACCAGUGCAACCAUCACAGCUGUCACAGCUCUUUCAUCAACCCCUCCCGCCCGAGCUCCGAAAGGUUCAACACCCAUGUACAGCACAUCCAUUCCUCCUGCCUCGGAAGUGGCCUGGCCGACAGGGUUCAACACAAUCUGGCGAUACCUUUAUCCUUAUGUUGACGAUCCUGAGUCUAUCACAGCCACGAAUACAUUCGUCUACCCUGCCGGCUACCAAACCACACCCCAACCCGAUCCUGUCGCUGGAGGUGACCAAGGCGGUAACCCAGCGUUAUGGGAUGUCAUGUUCACAAUUUCCGUUAAAGUCACCAAUACUGGCACUGUAGCAGGAAAGGAUGUCGUAAUGGUCUUCGUGCAAUAUCCCUCGGACAACCCAUGGGAUACACCGAUCAUCCAGUUGCGUGCCUUCGAGAAAACCGAUACCUUGGCGAAAGGGGCGAGCGAGGUUGUGACAUUACAGAUCACGAGGAAGGACUUGAGUAUCUGGGAUGUGGUAAGCCAGAACUGGAUCAUUCCUGUCAGCAAAACCGCACCGUUUUUGUUCUGGAUAGGAGAUAGCAGUGCGAACCUGACGUUGGCUUGUGAGAGUUUGACCAAAAUUUGUAGCGGUGGGCGAGUUUCGCCCGUCGUGGUUCCUGUGUAAGGAACGAAAAUCGGGAUGAAGCAGUAUUCGUAGUGUGAAUGGUAGUCAUAAUUCAUAUUUCC